UUUAAAAAGCAUACAUGCAUUAUAUAAAUAUUUUACUCUAAAGAGACAUCGAGAGAGCAAAGCUGAGUUGCCUUUGAUACUGGUGCUAUGUCAUCACAUGCAUUCCACUUUCCACUACAAAAUCAACUUUGGACCCCCAAAAUUUCAUCUCAUCUACAAGAAAUUAAAAGUUAUCACAAUUCACACCCCCACACAUAAAUCUCCCCUUCCCCACCAUCUCUAACCUAACCACCUCGACCUAACCAUGCGAGCCGGCGCUAACUGCUCCGUUCAUCAAUCCCUAACUUCCGAAGCCCUAGGAGUUGUCAAACUAGCCAUCACCCUUGCCCGAAGGAGGAGCCAUGCACAAGUCACUCCACUCCACGUAGCCAACACCAUGUUAGCAUCCUCCUCCGGCCAACUAAGGACAGCUUGUCUUCAAUCCAAUUCUCAUCCUCUUCAAUGCAAAGCCUUGGAGCUUUGUUUCAACGUAGCCCUUAACCGCCUCCCUGUUCUUGCGCCUCACCACCACCGUAGCCACAACCAUACCACCAUAUCUAAUUCCCUUGUCGCAGCUUUCAAACGCGCGCAAGCCCAUCAACGGCGUGGCUCCAUCGAGAGCCAACAACAACCUAUCCUCGCUGUCAAGAUAGAGCUCGAGCAGCUCGUGAUAUCUAUCUUGGAUGAUCCUAGUGUGAGCAGGGUUAUGAAAGAAGCCGGUUUCUCAAGCACACAAGUCAAAUCCAACUUGGAAAAAUCGAGUUGUAAUGGUAAUAAUACUAACCUUAUUCAUAAUAAAGUGCGCAAGCCAAAAUUGUCAAAUCAUGGUGACCUAAUAGCUUUAAUAGAUUCAAUGAUGUUGAGAAAGAGUAUUGUGAUCAUUGGAGAGUAUUGCCAUGACUUAGUUGGCUCUUUAAUGGAUAAGGUUGAUAGAGGUGAAGUCCCACAAGACUUGAAAGAGAUGAAGUUUAUAAGCUUUCCCUUGCACUCGGUCGAGAAUAGGUCUAGAGACGAGGUUGAGAUGAAACUUGAUGAGUUAAGGAGUUUGGUGAAGAGUUGUUUGGAGAAAGGAGUUGCUUUGUACUUGGGAGACCUCAAGUGGAUAUCUGAUUUUAGGAUUUUAAGUCAUAAUGAUGAUUCAAAUGAAGUUGGGAGGUUAGUCACGAGCGAAUAUUGCCCGGUUGAGCAUAUGGCGAUCGAGGUUGGGAGGUUGGUUCGGGCGAUUGGAGAUAGUGGAAACUUUUGGUUAUUGGCUAUUGCCAAUUUUCAUACUUUUAUGAGAUGCAAGAAUGGCAACCCUUCUUUGGAAACUCUUUGGGGAAUGCAUCCACUCACUAUUCCUCAAGGGAGCUUAGACUUGAGCCUCGUUACAACCGAAAGAGAGCCUAACGUCAAGAGAAAUGGACAUGAUCAAUGUAUCGAAUGGAUUUCUCCUCAAGGGACCAUUAAUGAUCGGGACGAGCAUCAACUUACUUGUUGCGAUGAAUGUUCUUCGAACUUUGAGGCCGAGGCUCGAAGAUUGAAGAACAGCAAUUCCGCCACAUUGAGUACUCUUCCAACAUGGCUCCAACAGUACAAGGAAGAGAACCAAAAGCUCAACAAGGAUUCCAUGCAAGUCAAGGAUCUUAUUCAAAAGUGGAGUUCACAUUGUAGAUCUUUUCACAAGCAACCAAACUUAUCGGAGAGGACCAUCAACUUCUCUUCUAUCUCGCCUUCUUCGCCUAUUUCCGGGUUUUCAUGCGACCGCGAUCAAAAUCAUAGUUCUCGAGACAUCCAAAAUGGCAUUUUCUCAAACCCUAAUUCAACCACCUCUAGUGACGUGGUCGUGGAAGCGCAUGAAUAUAUUAAAUGCUUCAAAGAGCUAAAUUCGCGGAAUAUCGACAUCCUAUCCAAUGCAUUGGAGGAGAAAGUGCCUUGGAAAAAAGACAGUAUACCCCAUAUAGUCAGCACUAUAUUGCAGUGUCGGUCAGGAAUGAUGAGACGCAAAGGAAGAGUCGCUAAAGAAGAUGGGGAUGUCAAUGGUGAAAUUAAAGAAGAGACUUGGCUUUUGUUUCAAGGUAUAGAUCUUAAAGCCAAGGAAAUAAUUGCUAGGGAAUUAGCAAGGCUUAUUUUUGGAUCCCAAACAAAUUUAUGUACAAUUGCUUCAAAUAACUUCUCAUCUACUAGAGUAUAUUCAAGUGAGGAUUUGAUGAUAGGGAACAAGAGAUUAAGAGAUGAACCGAGCUCAAGCUAUUUGGAGCGGUUUUGCGAGGCAAUAGCAAUGAACCCACAUAGGGUUUUCUUAAUUGAAGAUUUGGAUCAAGCCGAUUAUUGCUCGCAAAUGGGAAUCAAGAUUGCAAUGGAGAGUGGAAAGAUCAAGUGCUCAAGUAGAAAAGAGACAAGCCUUAGUGAUGCCAUCGUUAUCUUUAGUUGUGAGACCAUUAGUUCACGUUCCAUUAGUUCACGUUCGAGGGCUUGCUCUUCUCCUAAGAAAAUGAAGUUAGUAGGAGAUGACAUCGAAGAAGAGGAGAUAAGCCAUUGUUUUCCCUUAGAUUUGAAUACUUCUUGCAACGAUGAUCAUGACAGUGGAGAUGAUAGAUCAUUUGGUUAUAUUGAACUUUUGGAAUUUGUCGAUAAGAGGAUAGUUUUUUAAGUCUUAGGAGUUGUAAUCCACAAAACAAUGCAUUCAAUAUGUUUAAAAUGCUUUGCUCUUAUUUUGGUA